AUGCCCCGGCAACUCAUUUCGAGCGAGAAAUUCCCCCUUAAGCCCCACAACUGCCCUGCGACCAAGGUUCCAGGUCUUGUCUUCUGCGCCGGCCAAACAGCCACGGGAGAGAUCAAGCAAGCAACAAGAACCGUUUUGCAAAACCUCAAGGAAGUCCUCGAGCUUUCGGGAUCGUCGCUGGAACAAGUGGUUAAAUACAAUGUCUAUCUAGCCGACAUGAAGGAUUUUGCGGCAAUGAAUGAGGUGUACAUUGACUUUUUGCCAAAGCCGAUGCCGUCUCGCUCAUGUCUUCAGGCGCUUGCUCCGGGCGAGGGAACAUCCAUUGAGAUUGAAUGCAUUGCGCAGGCUUGA